AUAUAUCCGUUUGUAACGUAUUCUAAUUUUAUGCCUAUGUGUUUGGGUUUCUAGCUUCAGAGGAGCAAAAAAGAGAGAGGCGAGAGUGUUUACAGUGGUACCUCGUGAGUAGCAAGACCGUGACCAAAUUGUGUUGUGGCUAAAAUAAUAAAAGAUAAAAACAAAUAAACCAAGCAAGUGUAGGAAACUGCUAAAUAAUUGCCCCUGCUGGCUCCCACUGGAUAUUUCGCAGGAAGUUUGUCCAAAAAGCAUGGAAGUUCGCUCGGUCAAGGUGAAUAAUAAUCUGCAUUGCAAUAACUCGGCCAAUGUGUUAUCCUCGCUAAAUGCCACACCCAAGAAGACAGCUACAGUUCAAAACAAGGCCGAAGUUGCUCUCCUGGAGCAGUUCAGCCACAAACAGCAGCAGCAGCAUCAGGAAAAUGGGCCAGUUCGGGACUGCGAAAGUCCUGCCAGUUCCAACUCGGAGCUGGAUAAUGAGUUACGCGAUUUGAAUGGUUCCUUAACAGGCAGCGGGAGUGUGGGUAAAUCGAAUGGUUCACUGAGUGGAGCUUCCUCCACCACCUCGGCGCCUCCGCAUGUGUCGGCGACAACAAAUACUCUGGAAGGCGCCACCACUAAUGGGGCUUCGAAUGGAGGUGUAACUGGUGGCAGUCUCGCAACUGUUGUCUCCGCUACGGCCCAUCUCAAGAAACGUAUCACAAGCAGUCGCACACCCACACGGAAAGCACAUCGCAUUAAAUUCUACCGCAAUGGAGAUCGUUUCUAUCCGGGCAUUACCAUUCCAGUGUCCAAUGAGCGCUAUCGUUCCUUUGAGAGUCUAUACGAGGAUCUGACGCGGCUUCUCGAAGAGAAUGUCAAAAUUCCGGGUGCCGUGCGCACCAUCUACAGCAUGUGCGGCAAGAAGAUCACCGCUCUGGAUGAACUGGAAGAUGGCCAAAGCUAUGUAUGUUCCUGCAAUAAUGAAAACUUCAAAAAAGUCGAGUACAAUACCAGCUCCCAGCCUCUGGCCAAUCUCACGCUGGCCAACAACAGUCGGUCGAGCAACCAUCGCUUGGCCAAAUUGCAGCGUCCCGCGUCGCCACUGAAGAAUGGUCUUGGUGCUAAUCUGUGUGCCAGCGGCAUGGCCAUCACUGCAAAUGCGGCUGGAGUCGCCGGCACUAAUGGCAGCCCACUGAAUAUAUCCCGUUUCAGUGAGCGUGACAGCGUGGUUCAUCCCCGUAUUGUGACCCUGAUACGGAACGGUACAAAACCUCGCAAGAUAAUGAGGCUGCUGUUGAAUAAGAGGAACAGUCCAAGCUUUGAACACGUACUGACUGCCAUCACUCAGGUGGUUCGCCUCGAUACCGGCUACGUGCGUAAGGUGUUCACCCUCUCUGGUGCGUCGGUCUCUCAGCUGGCCGACUUCUUUGGACCCGAGGAUGUGUUCUUUGCCUACGGCACUGAACGGGUUUCCGCUGGCGAGGACUUCAAGCUGGAGGCCGAAGAGCAGCGGGCCAUUAAUGCUAUUCGAAAGACAUUACGCACAGCGGGCACCGCGUGCAAGGGUCCCAAGCCCAAAAUGCCGGUGAAGAGUAAAAAGAUAUAUCCGCCCGAAGCGGCAACGAAUGCGGCAAGCGAGACUGCUUCGAUGGCAGCCAGUGACCCGACAGCCAGCGAGGACUGCGAAGAGGCAUCUCUACUUACUACUGAUCUGGUCGCUGACAACAUGCCUACCGCUAUUAUCGAUAAUUAUGCCCUUGGCCAGAUAAUUGGCGAUGGGAACUUCGCCAUUGUCCUGAAGAUCAAGGAAAUCGCAACGGGCGAACCCUUCGCCCUGAAAAUCAUUGACAAGAGCAAGUGCAAGGGCAAGGAACAUUACAUUGAUGCCGAGGUGCGUGUCAUGAAGAAGCUCCGACAUCCCCAUAUCAUAUCGCUUAUCAUGGAUGUGGAUCAGCAGACAAAUAUGUAUCUAGUGCUGGAGUAUGUUAGUGGUGGCGAUCUUUUCGAUGCCAUUACCCAGGUCACACGCUUCUCGGAGAGCCAAUCCCGCGUGAUGAUCAGGCACUUGGGCUCGGCCAUGUCUUACCUACAUUCCAUGGGCAUUGUUCAUAGAGACAUUAAGCCCGAGAACCUAUUGGUUGAAAUCGACGAUGCUGGCAAUGUCAUUCAAUUGAAAUUGGCCGAUUUCGGCUUAGCCUGCGAGGUCACCGAACCUUUGUAUGCUGUAUGCGGCACGCCCACUUAUGUGGCACCAGAGAUAUUGCUGGAAGUGGGAUACGGAUUAAAGAUUGAUGUGUGGGCCGCUGGAAUCAUUCUGUAUAUACUGCUCUGUGGUUUCCCUCCCUUUGUGGCGCCUGACAAUCAGCAGGAGCCACUGUUUGACGCCAUUAUAUCGGGCGUCUAUGAGUUUCCCGAUCCCUAUUGGUCAGAUAUUGGAGAUGGGGUGCGCGAUUUAAUCGCCAACAUGUUACAAUCUGAUCCCGAUGUCCGUUUCACCAGCGAGGAUAUAUUGGAUCAUUAUUGGACUAUGGGUAACGAGGAACUCAGUUGCGGGGACUACAACAGAUGAAUUAUGGCCGUGUGGGGUGUUUGAAUACCAGAUGAGCAUGUCCUCCCUCUACACUCCUACACGCCGAGCGUCGUCCUCUGCUGCCCAGAUGCAGCCGCUGUCUAGUAGUUUUUGUAUUAUGUAAUUUAGCGCUAUUUUGUAGGCCUUAAUUUAUUUUAUAUAUAUUUAAACAAAACACAAAAAUACACCCAUGCAUACAACAUACAUACAUAAAUACAUAUACUGACGACUACAUACAUAGUUUUGUUUUCUCAAAAAAUUCCAAUUUAUCCAACCGUUUACGGUGUUUGGGUUAUUUAUGCUUUCUUUAUAUAUAUUUUGUUAAAUUCUCUUAAUCUGCUAACUUUUACAUAUAUACUUACAUAUUAUAUAUUUUAUUUAACGACACACAAAAGAUUUAAAAGAAACGAAAACUAUAGAAUUUUAUUUGUAUUUUUAAUGUGUGUUCUUUAAUUAGUAUUUUAAUUGCUUAUGGAAUAAAAUCAAAUUUAAGUUAUGUACAAUUUCAUAAAGAAAAUGUUAUAUCAUUAAAUUUUCCCAGCUGCUUUUGUUUUAUUAUUUUUUUGGCUUUGUUUAAUUUUAAAAAAAUAUUUGGUUAAUUACUGUGCACUUGUAAACGAAAACGAAACUUUAAACAAACAAUAAUUAAGCGCAUUUAUACAAACAAAAUAUAUAUAAAUAUAUAUAUAUAUUAAAAAGAAUAAAAGUUUAGAAAUAUAUUAAUAUAUAU